CGUUGCAGGAAGUAGGCAACUUACCGGACGGUGUCCUUUUAGCGGGUGACUUUGGUGAACAGUUUUAAAUUACGUUCAAUGUCGUAUGUUGGUUCUUUAUUGAUAUCUAACCCUGCUCUUUCGCGCAACAGUAAUUAAAUGACAUAAGAUGGUAUUGUAUAUUAUUACGUGUCUCCUUCUACUUUUGCUGGCACGAAUGGGUUUGAAUAUGCAUAGGAAAUGGAAUAGAAGUUAUGUGUGCCUUUUAGGAAAAACGGUCAUCGUGACCGGUGCCAAUACUGGUAUCGGGUUCUACACCGCACAAGACUUUGCAAAGAGGGGCGCGAAAGUCAUCUUGGCGUGCCGAAACAGGAACAAGGCCGUAGAGGCCAAAGAAAAAAUCGUCUUUGCAACCGGUAACGCGAACGUAAACGUCGAGAUUGUGGACUUCUCAUCUUUUGAGUCCGUACGAACAUUUGCGCAAGAAAUUCUCGCUAAAGAAGAAAGGCUGGACAUCCUCGUUAAUAACGCCGGUGCUAUUUUCCUUGAAGAUAGCACAACCGUCGACGGUCUUAGCACCACGAUGCAAGUGAAUUAUUUCGGCCCCUUUCUACUUACAACUUUGCUUCUGGAUUUAUUAAAAAAAUCUGCGCCAAGCCGAGUCGUCAAUUUAGCUUCGGUAACUGCCCAUUGGGCUAACCUUAAUCCCGACGACCUAAAUUAUUUCUCAACGUCGUUUUUGUCACAAACAUUCUACGUGAAUUACGGUAAUGCCAAGUUGUGUGUAGUUCUCUGGACCAAUGAAUUGGCAAGGCAGUUGAAGAACUGCGGUGUGACCGCCAACUCCCUUCAUCCCGGUAUAAUCUAUACUGAUCUUUUAAGGGACACAAAUACGUUAGUCAAAUGCCUAUACCAAAUCCUCUCAUUCUUAACAUUGAAGAUUUACCUAUUUGCAGACUGUAGAAGAAGGAGCCCAAACUUCAAUAUACGUUUCGCUUUCUCGGGAAAUAGAGAACGUCUCUGGUGAAUACUUCGUUAAUUGCGGAAUCGGAUAUAUGCCGCGAUUGGCUCGCGACGAAAAUUUAGCUAAACGGGUUUGGAAUUUGAGUGAACAGUUAGUAAUGAAGAAUUAUACGCAAAAGUUUUAACUAAAUAAAAAAGGUUCCAAUGUAAAAUGUAGGUAGUUUAUUGUGUUGUGUAAAAUACUUGACUUUGAAUACAAAAUUGGAAUAUAGUGA